UUUUGAGCAAAUCAUCUACAGAUGGUCGCUUUCCUUAAGGAUGUAUGCGCGUUACCACACUAUGUAUGUGGUGUAAUUUUUAUUACGGAGUGAGUGUGCUCUGUCCUACACGUUUGAAUAAGAAGAACUACAAAGCCAAGCUUUGUUAUUUGUAGCCUUUAGCAUUUGUGCAAUGAAAACACAGCCCGUUGCUAAUUUAGCUUUCAAAGCGGUAAUAAAUGACGCCGCGCUGCAACUGAGACUUUUGUUGUGUAUUUAUUAAGCCAUACAUAAAGGCCCGUGCCUUUUCAGUUUAAUGUAUAGUAUCAGUAUCUAUACUCACUGUCUGUCUUAUUAGGCCAGGGGUAUUGUUAGCUAAUUGUUGUUUCCAAAUGCAACGCUUCAUUGAAUGGUUGACUGUAACGUAACGAUCGAGAAGCACCGAAGCAAAAAUGGAUGAAAUUGCCGAAAGUGUUGAAAAUGACGACAUUGUCAUUAUCGUGGAAAACGAAGCGGAAAGUUUGCCGGCCGAGGAGGAGAGGCUGAAGCAGCAAGGCACCAUCGGACUGGUGGAUACAUGUCCCAUGUGUAAACUGAGUUUCCACAACAGAGAGCCCAAACUCUUGCCAUGCCUUCACUCUUUGUGCAAGAAGUGUCUUCCUGCCCCCUUCAGAAAUGCUGAACAAAGGCGUGACUUGCAGGCUGAAGUCGACAACAACAAACCACCGGUGGGUGUCAUUCGAUGUCCAGUGUGCAGACAGGAGUGCUGGGAGAUGGAUGUGCUGGAUAAUUUCUUUGUCAAAGAUUCUGCUGAGGUACCGAGUAGCACAGUGGAGAAGACCAGCCAGGUGUGCAUGAGCUGUGAUGACAACACGGAAGCAACAGGUUACUGCAUGGAGUGCGUGGAGUUUCUAUGUGUGACAUGUAUUGUUGCUCAUCAGAGGGUCAAGUUUACCCGAGAUCACACCAUACGCCAGAAGGAGGAGAUGUCUCCAGAAGCUGUGGGUAUUUCAACACAGAGGCCUGUGUUUUGUAACAUCCACAAGCAGGAGCCACUAAAGUUGUUUUGUGAGACAUGCGAUCGACUAACCUGUCGAGACUGUCAGCUGCUCAAGCACAAGGAUCACAAUUACCAGUUUUUAGAGGAUGCAUACAGAAACCACAGGCAAUACCUGGAAAACAUGACUCAGCAGUUGCAGGAGAAAAGAAAGGCAAUUGAGGAUGUAUCCAGCUGUAUCAGCACUGGACUACAGCAAGUUGAAGACAACAGGAAGGCUGUAACUAAUGAAAUAAAGAAGUCAAUCUGUAAUUUGAUUAUGGAAAUUAACAGGAAAGGAAAAAUUCUGGUUAACCAGCUUGAGUCUCUGAGUAAGGACCACGAGUCGGCUUUGAAAAAGCAGCAGGAAGAUGUCGACUCUCUGCGCAGACAUCUAGACCAUGUCAUCAGCUUUACUAAAUGGGCCACAGCAAGUCACAGUGGAACAGCCCUCCUGUACUGUAAGAGACUGAUCCUUUUUCAGAUCCAUCAACUAAUGCGAUCCAGCUGUAACCCCUCCAUCGUCCCCCAGAGUUCUAUUCGCUUCCAGAGUCGCUCAGGAUUUUGGGCCACAAAUGUAGAUCUUGGUUCUUUGGUAGUAGAAAGAAGUCCUGGACGACCCGCCAUACCAAACCACCAAGCAGCUCCCAGAGCCGAUGCACCUACAGCAGGUCUGUCUGUCACAACUCCGCAGCGGCAGAGCACAUUGGUGCAGCUCCAGAUGCAUGUUGACAAGCUUUUCCAACAGCCCCACAGACAGCCUUAUCCCAACUGGUCCUGGUACCAAAAUACCAGACUCCCCGGACCCACUGGCCCUCCACCCCCAACCAGACCUGUGCAUGGAGGGUCCUCCCCCUCCCAGGGCCCCUUUAACCUGCCACAGCCUGGACGUAGGUAUGGGAGCGCAAAUUCAAAUCCUAGAAGCCCUACAUCAGCGCCGUCCCUGCUUCACAACACAGGAUUCCCUGCUACUCAGUCUCUGAGAGAACUGAUCCAUAGCUCCAGUUUUCUUCCUAAACCCAUGGAUGUGUUGCAGGGACCAUCUCGCUACCCACAGCCUUUGUCUGCUGGAGCAGCUACACAGACAUCACCCCAUCAGCGUGGCCUACAGGAGCUGAAGAGAACUGAAGCUGCAGGAACCCUGCCUUCCAUCACUAUCUCUAUUCCCAAGCCCAACUAUGCUCUAAGUCUCGCCCCAGCAGCUGCAGACAAACCAAGCACACUCAGUCAAAUGCCACCUCAAGGAAGACAAAAGUCCCCGGUGAACAAACCAUCUUCUUCAGACAGAAGCACAGGGACGACUUCCUGGAAGCACACUUCUGAGUUGCCGCUCACCCUUUCAGCCAAGCGGCGAAGACGAUCGUCCCCGGGCCCCAUCAUUGUCAUUAAGGACGAGCCAGAGGAUGAGGACGAAGUUCGAUUUGUGCAGUCAAGUAUGGGAUCCAGCCUGCCAGACAGCAGCACUGGAGCUCAGUCCAAAUCCCGACCGCAACCGAAGGUGUCCAUUCCUAUCCCAAAUCCUACAUCAGAGGCCAAAGGUACAUCCAAAGAGCAGCAUCCUCAGCCUGCAGCACAGAAGCAGCCAGAAAAGCGAACAGAGCCCGAGGAAGAUCCCAACGAGGACUGGUGCGCUGUCUGUCAGAAUGGAGGGGAGCUGCUCUGUUGUGACAAAUGUCCCAAAGUGUUUCAUCUAUCCUGCCACAUCCCCACUCUGAAUGAGUCUCCCAGUGGCGAGUGGUUCUGUUCCUUCUGCCGAGACCCUGACUCUCCUGAGAUGGAGUACGACCGCAACAGUAAAAAUGACGCAGUCUCUGAGAGCCUUCCGCACAGUGAUAGACGGAGGUGUGAGAGGCUUCUCCUGCGUCUGUUCUGCAAUGACUUCAGUACUGACUUCCAGCAGCCGGCAUCUCCAUCGGAGACAAAACGGUACAAAGAGCUGAUCAAGACCCCGAUGGAUUUAUCAGUAGUAAAGAGGAAACUGGAAUCAAAACAUGGUGAAUUUUACUCUAGUACUGAGGCAUUUGUCGCAGACAUCAGACUCAUAUUUAUCAACUGUGCAAAGUACUACAAGGCGACCUCAGAAAUUGGGAGUGCUGGCUUGUACUUGGAGGACUACUUUGAGGAGCAGUUAAAGCUUGUCUACCCAGACAGGGUUUUCUCUGGAGGAAGGGAAGAGCAGAUGAUCCCUCCCUUAGAGGAUGAGAUCGAUGAAGAGGAAGAAGAGACGGUGGCGGAUGAGACUGCUCCCACUGAGGACAAUAAAUCGCAGAGCCAUGCAGAUUCCCUGGAGGAAGGAAUCCCCCCUAUUGAAGAGGACUUGGUUCCGUUGAAACAGGCGUCCUCUCUGGUGGAGGACGAGAAGUCAGAACCAGCGGAGAUGGGGAUGGAUGUAGUUGAAGAGGGCACAGACAAAAAAGUAGAACCUUUGGCGGUUGAAGCAGCUCCUGAAGAAACUAUAAAGCAAGAUCCAAAAACACCUGAGAAAGAGGCAAAAAGAUCACCUGCAUGCUUAAAUGAAACAAACACUGAUGUCAUCAAUGACUCCCUGAAGGAGGAAAACCUUCUGCUUCCUUUAGACAGGCCUGCAGAUCCCCCUGAAUCCAGGGAGAAAGAGUCUUUGGCAGAUACAGCCAAAGAGAAGGAGGGCUAGGUGGAUUACAGCACAGAGAAACUGUAUACAAGAUGGAUGAUUUCAGUCUUCCACAGAACCGCCCCCUGCUGGGAACCUACCUUUGCUGCAGAUGGACAAGUUUUGUACUAUGUAAAAAAUAAGGUGAAGAGUUAUUUAGUUGCAUUUAGGCUGUAGAUGCACAUUGAACAGAGUAAAAAAGAUCUUUUUGUGUACUGUGACGUCAUUUUCUGUGAUGACAUUGAGAGACAGUUUGUGGUUAUGUUCAUGUGUAAGUUAUCUUCACUGUUACCUUGCAUAUCACCUGUAUGUAAUAAUGCUCCAUGCUGCAAACAGUGAGGAGCAUAUGGAUCCGUAUUGCAUGCAAGAUGUCUUAACAUGUAUAAUAAUGUCUUCAUUUCUAUGCUCAUAGGAUUUAGCUACAAAUAAAUUGUUUUAUUGUAAUAGUUUUUUUAGAGUAUUAGUGUGUUACUACUAAAGGACAUUGAAUAAGAAUGCUAAACUGUGAGUUUCGCUGCAAUGAGAUCAAACUCUUGGGAAAACCUUGCGUUUUGAAAAAUGUGCUACUUUUCCAUUUGCGAACAAUAAUGAAUUGCCACUAUUGUGGUUUAUUUUUUCUUUUGCUCAUUAGAGUCCUCCUGUGCCCAAAAUCCUACCAACGCUUUAAUCAUGUAACAAUUCCUUUUCUUUUAUGCAACUAUUGUAAUGUAUCAGUUGGUGAUUCUUGUAUCAACCUCUAACAAGAAUGUGCUCUUGAAAUUGCAUCCUUAGCCUUCGAGAUCAUCAUUAUGUUUACAUAAGGGAAACCCCUUAUGUAAAAAUGUUCAAAUUAAACAUGUGCCCCAAAACCAACAAACAAACAAGACACACAUUUUGACAGGGGUUCUAAUUUAUUUAACAAUCCUUUAUGCCCAUCAAUUCUUUUGGGCUUAUUGGCACUUUAUUAAUUAUCAGAUCUGUAAAUGAACUCUAAAUAAUGUUGAGCGUAUAAAACACCUGCAUUUGCAAUAUUUGUAAUAAACAGGGUUACAUGUA